CAAUAAAACAAACCCCAAGCUUCAUUCAAUUCUUUCAAUUUUUUUGACAUCCCAAAAAAGAAAAAAAAAAAAAACGAGACAGAGAGAGAAGAAAGAAGAAGAAGGUGAGCUCCAUUUUCAACUCCGCCAUGAAAGUAGCUUCAGAACCCUAAAAAGAAACCUCACCUUCCAUGCCCAUCUCUCUUUCUACUCAAACCCACUUCUUUCCUUUGACCAUGGGCUCUCUCCUCCCAAUUCUUGACCUCAAUGCCUCCCCUCAAUCCGUCCCCAAUUCAACCCUAGCCACCGCCACCAUAUCCCUCAAGGUCCCCAAAAUCGAACCCAAGCCCGAACCUUGCGACGACCCAGCUCCCCAACCCCCCUUCGAUCCCAGCCCCAGCUCCGACAUUUUCCCCAAUCCCCAAACUACCCCUCUCCCCCUCCCCCACCAGACCUCGAUCGUCGCCGCCGCGCCGGACCACGUCUACUCCGAGUUCCACCGCAUUUCCGAGCUCUUCCACACCGCCUUCGCGAAAGGGAUUCAGAACUGCGACGGCGGCGGCCGCGGCGGUGGCGGAGACGAGGACGGCGUCGUUCUGGACCCGGAGUCCGGCGCGAUUGUUCCGGUGGAGGACAACAGCCAGCAGCAGCAGCUGGCGGAGGUCGUGCAGCGGAAGAAGUACCCGCAGCGGUCGAACGAGCUCGUCCGGGUCACCGAUCUCAGCGACGAGGACCACCGCUACUUCCGUGAGGUCGUCAGGAAGACCCGGAUGCUCUACGAUUCGAUUCGGAUCCUCUCGGUGGCGGAGGAGGACAAGAAGAAUCCGGGUCAGGGGAAACGGACCCGGGGCGACUUGCGGGCCGCCUCCGUGCUCCGGGACCGUGGCCUCUGGCUCAACCGUGAUAAGCGGAUUGUGGGGUCCAUCCCCGGUGUCUAUGUUGGUGACCUCUUCUUCUUUCGCAUGGAGCUAUGUGUGGUUGGGAUACAUGGUCAAGUCCAAGCUGGAAUUGACUAUCUUCCAGGGAGCCAGAGCUCGAAUAGGGAGCCGAUUGCGACGAGCAUUAUCGUCUCUGGCGGGUACGAGGAUGAUGAGGAUGCUGGGGAUAUUAUUAUCUACACAGGACAUGGAGGGCAGGACAAGUUUAAUAGGCAAUGUGCACACCAGAAGCUGGAGGGUGGGAACUUGGCGUUGGAGAGGAGUAUGCAUUACGGAAUUGAAGUGAGGGUUAUUAGGGGGAGGAAGAUUCAUGGGGCUGUUUCGAGUAAGGUGUAUGUUUAUGAUGGUUUGUAUAGGAUUCUUGAAACUUGGCUUGAUGUUGGGAAGUCGGGGUUUGGUGUUUAUAAGUUUAAGCUUUUGAGAAUCGAGGGGCAGCCUGAGAUGGGGAGCUCCAUUCUUAAGUUUGCUGAGAGUCUUAGGAGUAGGCCAUUGAGUGUGAGGCAGGGUUAUCUUAGUUUGGAUCUUUCACAGCAGAGGGAGAAGAUUCCGGUGUUGCUUUUCAAUGACAUUGAUGCUGAUCAGGACCCCUUGUAUUAUGAGUAUCUUAGGACACCUGCAUUUCCAACUCAUGUGUAUCAUCAGUCGGCAAACGGAACUGGCUGUGAAUGUGUUAACGGUUGUAAUGAAAAUUGCUUUUGUGCUAUGAAAAAUGGAGGGGAGUUUCCUUAUGAUCAGAAUGGGUUUCUUCUGAGGGGGAAGCCUGUGGUAUUUGAGUGUGGGACCUUCUGCCGUUGCCCCCCGCAGUGUCGGAAUCGUGUCACCCAACAUGGAUUGAGAAAUAGACUGGAAGUGUUUAGAUCAAGGGAAACAGGUUGGGGGGUUAGGUCUUUGGACUUGAUACAUGCUGGCGCUUUUAUAUGUGAGUAUACAGGAGUUAUUCUCACGAGGGAGCAGGCUCAAAUUUUUUCCAUGGAUGGUGAUAGCUUGAUCUAUCCCCAUCGGUUUUCUGAUAAAUGGGCAGAAUGGGGAGAUUUAUCUCAGAUCUAUCCUGAUUAUGCGCGUCCAACUUAUCCGGCAAUCCCACCGCUGGAUUUUGCAAUGGAUGUGUCAAAAAUGAGGAAUGUUGCUUGUUAUAUGAGCCAGAGUACCACUCCAAAUGUGAUGGUGCAGUUCGUUCUCUAUGAUCACAACAACUUGAUGUUUCCUCAUCUUAUGCUAUUUGCAAUGGAGAACAUUCCUCCUCUGAGGGAGUUAAGCCUUGACUAUGGGGUGGCGGUGGCUGAUGAAUGGACAGGGAAACUUGCUAUCUGUAACUGACUAAUUUUGUAGGUGUGAUACAUUCUGAAUCAUGCUGACAGAGUUAUGGGAAUAUGCUGCCGUAAGAUAACACUCGGGCCCUGUUUACGGAAAUUUGCUAUCUUGCUUCUGAGUUCCCCGGUCCUUAAGUUUUGUAGAUGCUGGCUAUGUAAAUUUUCCUAUCAGAUGAUCCAAAAGAACUGACUUGGCUGAUGAACACAGCAAUUGCAGUCACCAGGUGGAGAAAAAAAAAAUGCAAUUACAUUGCUAGCUGACCAAGCCACAGACGUUGCUGCAAUGGUGUGCUCGACAUUUUUGACUGUUCGUUUCCUUGACUUUUUGGAUGGCGAAGUCUGCACAGCUAUGCAAUUCCCCUGAGACUGAUAAUAGUUUCCUUUAGGUUUAUUGAGCUUGUAAGCACAACUGUACUAAUCUUGUGUACCUACUUGUAGCAUUGUAUAUAUAAUGACAAAUGGCUGAAGUUUGUACAGAAUCCCACGUAUGUUUGCAAA